ACUGUGGAGUGAGACCCUGAGAGAGCCGUGACGUCACGGGAAGGUGCAGCGCUGCCAUCCCUGUGCCAUUGCAUGAAUCGCUGAACAAAACCACCACACUUCCUCGAGAUCCAACAAGAAAUGGCCGAAGCAGCAGCAGUUGGAGGUGUUGUCGCCUACGAAGUCGCGGAAACAGCGGUGCAGGCUGGCGCAGCCGGGUAUGCCAUAGCCAAGCCGACUCAGCCAUUGAAGGCUAGCUUUCACCAAAUCGCAACUGCAAAGGACGAUGAAACGAGAACUUCAGUAGUCCGCUCGGAUCACUCUGUUACCGUCGUCAAGAACAAAGCAUAUAUCUUUGGCGGCGAAACUGCGUCCGGACAGCUAGCCAGCAAUGACAUUCACGCUGUGACGCUGGACAAGCCGGCAGAGGAGAAGUCUGAGCAUGAGCCAGAAUAUUCCAUACUACCCGCGGUGCCCGAUGCAGAAGGUCAGCCAGUGCCUAAGGCUCGAACCAAGCAUGCAGCCACUCACUUCAACAUCUGCGUGGCCGUCUUUGGAGGUCUCAAUGAAGCUGGGAAAUUGGUCGAUGAAGAGCCAGUCAUCUGGCUUUACGUGACCGGGAAAUCUGCCUGGGAGAGUCUGAAGUCUGACCACGGACCUGCGCCCGCCCAGAGAAGUGGUGCCAGGUUGUUCAACUUCAACAACAAUCUGGUGCUGUACGGAGGUGUCGAUGCCAAAGGAGAACCCCUUCGUGAUAUCUGGCACUUCUCUUACACCCAGAAGACCUGGACUCAGCUACCGACCGCCCCUGUCUCCACUAGGAAUGCAGCACUUGUGGACGGCGUUCUGUACCUGAUCUCGGGGACAGACAACAUGAGCAGCGACGUGCACUCGUUACAUUUGCAUCCCAAUGAAAAUGCCGAGGAGAGCUUGCACGUCAACUCCGAUCCGCAGACAGAGUGGCACACGGCGUCUUUCCCGACGAAUCCUCUAACUCCAGGCCCUCGGCCUCGAGUCGGAGGUGGUCUUCUUCCGAUCUCAACAGGCUACGGGCGCAACUACUUGCUGUACUUUUUCGGAGCCCGGCAGAAUCCCAACACAACAGAGGCCGUUUCUCCCGAGGACACCGAAGACCCAUCACAAUGGAGCGAUAGCUGGACUUAUCAGAUUCCCUCGAGCAGUCCAGAAGUAAAACCAACUCUUAGCAUCUCGGAGGCGAUCAAACCUGCUAGGAUCAAAGAUGCGAUUCGCGAGAAGCUUGGAUAUAGCUCUGGUGAACAGAGCUGGGCAGAGGUCGAGGUGCUGCCUCCAGGAGACUUGGUCGUCGGCACUGGUAAGAUCCAUCCCGGACCUCGCGCAUUCUUCGGAUACGAUAUUAUGCCAGAUGGGCAUGGAGUGGUCGUUUGGGGAGGCCUGAACGCGAAGGGAGAGCGUGAAGGCGAUGGCUGGAUCAUCAAGUUCCAAUGAGAGGCUACACGCGUUUCGCGGUAGCAAUGCAUAUCGACAGGACUGCGAAAUUGAUCAGCAGUAUCAAGAACAAGAACCAUGACUCGGCACAUGGUCGAGUUGCCGAUAGAUGAUACCCAUGCAUGGCAGAUCAAGAUACUCUGCCACCUAGCAAUGGCAACACAGAUAUCACCUCUCCGUUCCACGCACUCUUUCCUAUCAUACUUACUCUCAGCAGAUGGGGCACACAGUGAAAGCAAGUUUGGCGUUGAGGAGGUCGGUGAUUUCCAGCUACGUGCAAUGUGGUCAGUAGUACGAAUCCACACACUGCCCAGGAUGGCUGUAAAGUCUUAGGUCAACAAGGAUGCUCUCCAAUCGCACGAUGCCAGUAGAGAACUCGUCCGCACAGGUUGAAUCGUGUUGUUGUGAAGUGAGAGUCAAGUCAUG